AUGUCUUCCCAGGAAACUUUCGAGUUCAAUGCGGACAUAUCACAACUACUUAGCUUGAUCAUAAACGCUUUCUAUAGCAACAAAGAGAUUUUUUUGAGAGAAUUAAUCAGUAAUGCCAGUGAUGCUUUGGAGAAGAUCCGUUAUGAACUUCUUCGGGAUGGCACUAAGGUGUCCGAUGAAUCAGAAUUUAGUAUCAAAAUAUCAGCAGACAAAUCCAACAACACUUUGACCAUUGAGGAUAGCGGUAUCGGUAUGACUAAAGCUGAUCUCAUUAAUAACUUGGGUACCAUAGCUAAGUCUGGCACCAAAGCUUUCAUGGAAGCUAUGCAAUCUGGUUGCGACAUGAGUAUGAUUGGACAAUUUGGUGUUGGAUUUUACUCGGCUUACCUUGUUGCAGAAAAGGUAACUGUUGUGUCGAAACACAACUCUGAUGAACAAUAUAUAUGGGAGUCAUCCGCCUCCGGUGUUUUCACCAUCACCAAAGAUGAAACCACGGAAAAGAUGAAGAGGGGUACACGUUUGAUAUUGCAACUCAAGGAAGAUCAGACUGAGUAUUUGGAAGAAAGGAGACUGAAAGAAUUAGUGAAGAAACACAGUGAAUUCAUCUCAUUCCCAAUUCACUUGCUAUGCGAAAAGACGAAGGAAGAGGAAGUUACCGCUUCUGAUGAUGAGGGUGAUAAGAAAGAGGAUGAUAAGAAAGAGGAUGAUGAGAAAGAGGAUGAUAAGAAGGGUGAAGACGAGAAGGUGGAAGAUGUUUCGGAGGAUAAAAAGAAAACUAAAAAGGUAUCUACUGUAACUAAAGAAUGGGAAGUUUUGAACAAACAGAAGCCUAUUUGGAUGAGACAGCCCAAUGAAGUCACGAAUGAAGAAUAUGCCAACUUUUAUAAGAAUCUCACUAAUGAUUGGGAAGAUCACUUGGCCGUAAAGCACUUUUCGGUUGAAGGCCAAUUGGAAUUCCGCGCCAUCCUAUUCAUCCCCAAGCGUGCCCCCUUCGACAUGUUUGAAAAUAGGAAGAAAAAGAACAACAUAAAACUUUAUGUCCGCCGCGUGUUUAUUAUGGAUGAUUGUGAGGAAUUGAUCCCUGAGUGGCUUAGCUUUGUUAAGGGCGUUGUGGAUUCUGAGGAUUUGCCACUAAAUAUUUCCCGUGAAACUCUACAACAAAAUAAAAUUUUGAAGGUUAUUAGAAAGAAUCUGGUUAAAAAGUGCCUCGAAUUAUUCUCUGAGUUGACUGAGAAGAAGGAUGAUUUCAAGAAAUUCUACGAGCAAUUCAACAAGAACCUCAAACUUGGCAUUCACGAAGAUAGUGCCAACAGGAAUAAGAUUUCUGAAUUGCUAAGAUUUGAAACAACGAAAUCUGGAGACGAGGCAAUCAGUCUGCGUGAAUAUGUAGACAGAAUGAAACCAAACCAGAAAUAUAUCUACUAUAUCACUGGCGAAUCCAUCCAAGCCGUGUCAAAUGCUCCAUUCCUAGAGAAAUUGAAGGAUAAAAAUAUUGAGGUUAUUUACAUGACUGACCCUAUUGACGAAUACGCUGUUCAGCAAAUUAAGGAAUUUGACGGCAAGAAAUUGAGAUGUUGCACCAAAGAAGGUCUGGAUAUUGAUGAUGAGAAGGAUGAAGAGGAGGAGAAGAGAUUUGAACAGGUUAAGCAGGAAAUGGAGCCCUUGUGUAAGACAAUUAAGGAAGUUUUGCAUGAUAAGGUCGAGAAGGUCACUUGCGGCAAGAGGUUUACUACUUCACCUCUAGCUUUAGUUACCAGUGAAUUCGGCUGGUCUGCCAAUAUGGAAAGAAUUAUGCGUGCACAGGCUCUUAGAAACUCAUCAAUCACUUCUUAUAUGGUUUCAAAGAAGACCAUGGAAAUUAAUCCCUACCACAGCAUCAUGAAAGCGCUCAAGGAGAGGGUUGCUGCUGACAAAUCUGAUAAAACGGUCAAAGAUCUCAUCUGGCUAUUAUACGAGUCUGCCUUGCUAAUUUCUGGAUUCAACCUGGAAGAACCAACUCAAUUCGGCAAUAGAAUCUUCCGUAUGAUCAAGCUUGGCUUGGCGUUAGAGGACGAUCAACCUGAUGACACAGAUUUGCCGCCCUUGGAUGAAGGUGUUGCUGUUGAUGGUGGCGACUCCAAGAUGGAAGAAGUUGACUAA